UUAAUUGCAAACUUGAUAUAAGCGAGCUGCCACUUACGGUUUAGUGUUACGAGUUAUGUACGAUGUCGGAAUUAUUCGUAAUUAAUAUAUUUUCAAGUGCUGUGUGAUAAUUAAUCGACAGUAUUGAUUAUUACUACAAUAACAGUGAAAGUAUUACCAAUUACGUUAAUUUAUUUUGUGUAAAUACUGUUACGAAUGAUUAAAAAUUGUGGUAAUGGAACUCUAAACUGUAUGAUAAUUCUUAAAUAAUCAAAUUUCAUAUUUUUGGACGACUUGCUUGUAUUCUAUGUACAAAUAAUGAAUGGGGUUGUGAAUUUAAUGAAACUUAAACGUAUGACCUAUACUUCACCCCAAUAAUAUUAAUUGUACUCCUAUUGGAAUAUGGGUGAAUAUUGAUCGGGGUAUUUUUAUUAAUAAUCGUCUACAAUUUUUUGCUAACAACAAUGUCGAAGUAUGAGAAACUCAAGCUGCUGAUUUGGAAAAAUUUUCUUUUGCAAAGAAGGCAUAAAUGGCAGACUGUCUUUGAAAUUGCGUCGCCAGUGGUGUUUUCGUUAUUUUUAAUUUUAAUACGAUGCCUCGUUGAUCCGCAAUCGAAACCAGCUGAAUCAUACCAACCAUUUCUACCAACGUAUUUUAAUAUGAGCAGCAGACACAUGGGAAAUCUAACAUCGGCAAAACGAGAAGGAACUCUUGCGUUUUCACCAGAGAAUCCAUUAAUACGAAACGUAACUAAGAAUGCAAUGGCAACAGUUGCAUUAGAUAACUUAGGAUUUCUGGCUUUAUUUUUUGAUACUGGAAUGCUACCAGAGCCUAAAGGUUUUAAGGAUGCUCAAGAGUUAGAAAAAGCCCUAACCCAACCUAAUGCUAUGAAUAAAAUUCUUGUUGGAAUCCAGUUUAAUGAUAAUAUGGCUAAUGCCACAAAAUGGCCGGACCAUAUUGAUCUAACACUAAGAUUUCCAGCUGUAAUGAGAACACCUAUGUAUGACCACCCUCUUAGGUUGAGUUGGAGAACAAAUCUACUGUUUCCUUUGUUUCCACUGCCAGGACCCAGAGCUCCAGGAGACAUAUAUGGAGGUCAAACACCAGGCUACUCACCAGAAAUGUUCUUAGCAGUCCAACAUGCAAUUUCCCAAGAAAUAAUUAAACAAAAAUCUGGGAAACCGAUAAAUACAAAAAUAUACUUACAAAGGUUCCCACAGAAUGCGUAUAGGAAGGACGAUCUAUUGGUGGCGAUGGAGAGAUUUAUAUCUAUGAUAAUUAUGCUCUGUUUUGCAUACACUUUUGUUAAUACUGUAAGAGUGGUGACGGCGGAAAAGGAAUUGCAGCUGAAGGAAACCAUGACAAUCAUGGGUCUACCGUCAUGGCUUCACUGGCUCGCUUGGUUUAUAAAACAGUUCUCGUUUCUUCUCAUAUCCGUCGUGCUCAUGGUGAUACUUUUCAAGAUCCCAUUUAAUGCCACCAAAGAUGGGGAACGAUAUUCUGUCUUCACAUACACGCCGUGGUCCGUCCUUCUAUUCUUCAUGGUUCUAUUUGUAAUGGCUUCUCUUGCCUUCUGUUUCAUGGUGAGCGUGUUCUUUACAAGAGCAAACACUGCGGCUUCAUUCAUGGGUCUUAUGUGGUUUUCGACAUAUUCAGCUUAUUUUCUAACGCAAAUGCUUUACGAAGAUGUUAGCCUACAUACGAAAUUCCUACUCAGUUUGAUAUCAAAUGCUGCGAUGGGCUUCGUACUACAGAUGCUGAUAAUCUGUGAAGGGACGUCUCAAGGCUUACAAUGGAGCGAGAUCUUUUCACCCGUCGCAUAUCAUGACGAUUUCCAACCGGGCCAUGUGGUAUUAAUGUUAAUAGUUGAUACCAUAAUAUACAUGACUAUCGCUUUGUAUGUUGAGAAAAUACGUCCAGGCAAUUAUGGUGUGCCGUUGCCCUGGUAUUUUCCAUUAACGAAGAGCUUCUGGUUGCCGAAUAAAACUAGGACCGCAGGGAUAACAUUAAAGGAUGGUAUCGAUCAAGAGUACAAAAAUGCGUUGUUGAAGGUAGUUCACGACGAAGAGCCAAAAGGUGUACCAAUGGGUAUAAAUAUAGAGAACCUCACAAAAGUAUACAAAGGCCGGAAGAAAGCUGUGGAUAAUUUAAAUCUACGAAUGUAUGAAAAUGAAAUUACGGUGUUGUUAGGACAUAAUGGAGCUGGAAAAACCACUACAAUAUCGAUGCUUACAGGUAUGGUACCGCCCACUUCCGGUACAGCUACUAUAAACGGAUAUAACAUUGUGAGUGAAACGGAACUCGCAAGAAAAUCACUCGGUCUCUGCCCGCAACAUAAUGUGCUCUUCCCGGAUCUGACCGUUGCCGAACAUAUUGUCUUCUAUUCGAGGCUUAAAGGCGUGCAGAAGUCGAAAAUAAAUGACGAAGUCAAUCAUUUCCUUAAGUUGUUGGAGUUGGAAGAAAAGAGAGAUGUGCAGUCAGCACAUUUAUCGGGAGGUCAGAAAAGGCGGUUGUCCGUUGGCGCUGCUAUGUGUGGGUCCUCAAGGGUUGUGUUGUUAGAUGAACCCACUUCCGGAUUGGACCCAGCCGCGAGGAGAUCGCUGUGGGAUCUCUUACAGAAAGAGAAAAAAGGGCGAACGAUAAUUCUAACUACACAUUUUAUGGACGAAGCUGACGUGCUAGGUGACCGCAUAGCUAUAAUGUCUGGGGGUAAACUCCAAUGUGUGGGAACACCAUAUUUCCUUAAGAAGCAUUAUGGUAUAGGUUAUAAGAUGACCAUAGUGAAGCAAGAGGAUUGUAACGUGCAAAAUGUUACCAGUUUUUUGAGAAAUUACGUCCCGGAUAUUAGGGAAAAUACGAAUAUAGGUUCGGAAUUAACUUACAUACUGCCUAAUGAGCACGUCAGCAAAUUUCCUGAAAUGUUAAAGAAAUUUGAAGAGGAAAGGAGUUCCUUGAGGGUAUCGAGUUAUGGCCUUUCUGUCACGAGCCUCGAAGAAGUUUUUAUGAAAGCCGGUGCCGAGGACCAUGAUGUGAUAACGGUUCAGAAAAAUAACUAUACGAAUCACAAUAAUAGUGUCAUUGUCCCCAUCGAGAACAAUCGAAAUCACUUUGCAAACAACGAACCGUUACAAAAAGUAAAAGGCGCAAAAUUACUAAGAAAUCACAUAAAAGCGAUGUUCCUCAAACUAGCCUAUAAUUCUAUGAGAAAUAAACUCUCAGCCUUCAUACAGAUAGUAACACCGAUUAUAAAUAUAACUAUAUCAGUUAUAAUAGCCCGGUCAUGGCGGUUUAUAACCAACCUACCUCCCUUAGAGUUAACUUUAACUAGUGGUUUUAAGAAUACGGAGACACUUAUAUCUGAAGGGGUUAAUUUGACGGAAUCAAGCGUCGAGAGAAGGACUAUGUUGGCUUAUAUGGAUUUUUUUAAAUCGUCAACGUAUCCUAAUAUGGAGCUUAAUGAUAUCGGAACUAUGGACAUGGGGAAGUUUUAUUUAAAAUUGAGCGAAUCGAACCCCGCCCGUAUACGUUACGAGAACUUAAUAGGCGCAACGUUCGCGCCGAAUCGCAUCACAGCCUGGUUCAGUAAUUAUGGGUAUCACGACUCGGCCAUAUCACUCUCCUUGGCUAACAAUGCGCUGAUGAAUGCUCUAUCGCCUGGUUCUUCUUUACGGGUUAUUAACUAUCCCCUGCCGUAUUCCAUUGAGAAUCUUGUUAGAAUUCUAGCAUCGGGUAGCAGUUUAGGAUUCCAGUUCGCGUUCAAUAUAGGGUUCUGUAUGGCGUUUGUCACUGCGUUCCUUGUGUUAUUUGUUAUAAAGGAACGAGUUAGCGGCGCCAAACUCCUUCAGCGUAUAUCUGGAGUGAGACCUGGCGUGCUCUGGACGUGUUCUUUCAUCUGGGACUGGUUCUGGAUGCUGUGCGUCUACAUGACGAUAGUGCUCACGCUUGCGUUCUUCCAGGAAUCAACGCUGUCUACUCCGGAAGAGUUGGGCAGAGUCCUUCUUGUACUAGUGGUGUUUUCGCUGGCGACGAUACCGCUACAUUACUUGGCAUCCUUCUUUUUCGAAGCUUCGGCAACUGGUUUCUCGAAAAUGUGCUUUGUCAACAUAUUUUCAGGUUGUAUGCCGUUUCUAAUAACAGAAGUUCUGCGUUUGCCUGAAUUCGGUAGCCCGUACUACGCGGGUAUAUUCGACUGGGUGUUCGCGCCUUUACCGCUUUAUUGCAUGAGCAGAAGUUUCAAGGACAUGAGCCUGUCGUCAUUCAAGAUGCUGAUAUGUGACGGCCUUUGUACGCAACUGGAGCUUCAGAAUUGUACGAGGCAAUCGCUGUGCACGCAAAUUAACAUGACCGUGUGUUGUAACCUGGAUGAAAAUACAUUUUUGAAAUGGGAAGAGCCCGGAAUCGGACGUUAUCUAUUUAUGAUGUCGUUGGUUGGUGUCAUAGCAUUCUCGGUUCUGCUUAUCAAAGAGUACGAGGUGAUUAAUAAGAUAUUCUACUCGGAGACCCCUUACCGGCCAUUACCAAUAAGGUCGGACGAAGAUAGUGACGUGGCAGCAGAAAGACACACGGUACAACAGCUUACUAAACCAGAAUUGGCUCAGCAUAGCCUGAUCUGCAAAGAUCUCACCAAGUACUAUAAGGAGUUCCUCGCUGUUAAUAGACUGACUUUUGCGGUGCGUAAAGGCGAAUGUUUCGGAUUAUUGGGCAUCAAUGGGGCGGGUAAAACCAGUACGUUCCGUAUGGCAACGGGUGACACGCAUCUAAGUUCGGGCGACGUAUACGUACAUGGAAUGUCCGUUAAGACGCAAAUACGGGACGUGCACGCAAAUAUGGGUUACUGCCCGCAAUUCGAUGCAUUACUAGAAAACCUUACUGCACGCGAAACACUCAAAAUAUUCUGCCUGCUGCGCGGUAUUCCAGUGAAAAUCGGUUCCCAGUGGGCCUUUCAACUUGCAGAACAGCUUGGUUUCGCUAUGCAUUACGAUAAAAAGGUUCACGAAUGCAGUGGUGGAACAAAACGGAAAAUAAGUACGGCUCUUGCUUUGUUGGGGGAUGCUCCAUUGGUUUUCCUUGACGAGCCUACCACAGGUAUGGACCCAGCAUCAAAACGCCGAGUGUGGCGUUGUAUCAGUGACGCCGUCGUAUCGGGACGUAGUGUUGUACUCACCUCGCACAGUAUGGAGGAGUGUGAAGCGCUUUGCUCCAGAUUAACUGUUAUGGUCAAUGGACGGCUGUUCUGUUUGGGACCGCUACAGCAUCUUAAGAACAAAUUCUCACAAGGUUAUACACUAAUUGUGAAAUGUAGAGAGACGUCACAAAGAGUUGCAGACGUAGCAAGGAUAAGAGAGUUUGUCAUAGCCAAUUUUCAGGAUGCUAGACACAUCGAAACCUACCUCGGCAUCAGUACGUAUUACAUUCACGAUCAAGAGCUGCUCUGGUGGCAGCUUUUCGACAAAAUGGAGGAGGCCAAAUCCCUCUACCCCAUCGAGGACUACUCCGUAUCGCAGACCACGCUCGAACAAGUGUUCUUACAGUUUACGCGUAUGCGAGAUAACUCACGUACGUAACUAUUAGAUAAUUUAGUGCAAUGGCCGAUUUGCCAACUAGGUAAAAUGUAUACUUUUUCUAUUAAUAGUGAAACAUGAAAUGUUAUAAUUUUUUUAGGAUUUUUGUUAUACAAUUUAUACUCAUAUGAUCUGCAUAAUGGUACGAAAUUAUUUUCUUCCAAACGGAAGUUUAAGGAUUGGUUUCUUCGUCUAAAAUACCAAUUAGCUUCAUGUCGUUCAUUUUUCUAUAGCAUUUAAUAGACGAUUUAUACAGUUUCAAUUACCAGUCUCGUUAAAUCUAAAUAUUAAACUAAUUAAAAUACUAUAUUUUCAGUAUUAUUAAACAAAGCUAUCUUAAGCUUUUGAUCUUAUAUAAUAAAUUCACGAUUUAAGUCACAAACUAGUUAAAUUGUACUUAAUAAAUGUCUUAAUGUCGUAACGUACGUACGUAACUUUAAAAAACGUUAGAAAAUGUUUUCAAUAGCAAUUUUUAUUGCCAUUUUCGUUUAAAAAUUCUGCAAUUUAUAUUUCAAUGUAUAAAUUCAAUGUGAUGUACUUAGAUAAGAUUUAGAAGGUAAUUAUAAUAGUUUUAUUUCAAGAUUUCAAUAAUUUUGGAAGUGUUUGGAAUAUAGCUUAAUCACUUACAUAAUUAACAAUACAUAAUGAGUAUUAACUUUUUGAGCGACUUACGUUUAGUAAAUUUCGCUUUUGGAUAUUGAUCGCAAACAUUUCAUUUAACUCUCUUUUGACCUGACUGACUAUAUCCAGUACUUAAUACUUAUACAGUAACUUAUAAGAUAUAAUAAAGCGCCGGUACCCUGCAACCUCCAAAAGCGAUAAUUACUUGAGUUCUUCAAUAUCUCGAGCGCUGAUUACGAAACCUUGGGAAUGCGAGGUACACGAUACUGUCAAACUCAAACUCAAAUUAACUUUAUUCAUAUAGGUAAACAAGUACACUUAUGAACGUCAGAAAAGAAGUUAAAUUAUUUGUAAAUUUACAUUUACUAUCAGUUCGCAAA